AUGUUUGCACCUGGCGUUGUAUUCGAAAGAUAUCAGCAGAGGGAAGAUGAUCCAAAUUUUCACUCGAUUCAGCGGAAUUUCCAAAAAUUCUUGUGUAUGUACAUAAGCUUAUUUAUCCUCAAAUCAGCAGCACAACAUGCUGUUGUCCUCAACAUAAAAAAACCAUCACAAAGCACUAAAUUUAAAGCUUUCAAGAUAAAUGUGAAAUAA